CGUCACGUCAGUUUUAUUGAAAAAAAAACGAAGUGGCCAACUUCUUUUUGUCUGAUUCACUUGCUCAUUUGGCUUUGAUGGUACAUUGACAAAUGUGUGCGUUUCGAUGGCGCAAGAUGUGUUUAGUAAAAUGGCCGAGGAUUCGUGGUUACUAAAUGAGGAUGGUUAUCUAAAAGUGGAUACAGAUGUUAAAGAAAUAAUUUAUCAUCCAUCGUUGAACGUAAUCCUUAUAUGCACCAGCAGCGGUAUAGUUCGUGUGCUAGAUGUAAACUCGGGAGUGCUUCUCCAAUCGAGUAAUCUCUCGGCUAUUAAUCAAAAUGAAGUAAAAUGUCAAUACAUUCCUGGGGAAGACAGAGUCUUGUUUUGUGAUGGUCAGGCGAUUGGUGUAAGAUCCCACUACAAUGGGGUGUUACUUCUCGACAGCAUUCUGCAGAAGACUUUAUCGGAUGGUAAAGAAAUAGUGAAAUUAGAAUUGCCCCUAUCAGAGGCCAUUAUAUUGAAACAGAGCUUGAGCACCGCAGUGACUAUUGUCAACCACUUGGGUACGGAACAUAUUGUGACUGAAUUAAACAAUGCAAUUUUAAAUGCCCAAAAGUUCUGUAAAAAGGGAAUCAAAGCGCAAAAAUGGAAUACCGUAUGUUUAUCAAUUCCGAUAGGAGAUUUAAGAACAAUCAUAUCCUCUGUAGUGUCGGAGUUUGUAGCAAAAAAAAUUCAAACUCCCGAUUUGCAAGUGGUUUCUGCAGUGCAAGAAAGACUGUCAGAGUUAUUGGAUGAGCUGACUGUUACCUUAGAUAAAAAUUGCAUGGCCAGCGAAGCUAGGCGAAGGGAGACAUUUUCACAAUGGCCUCACAUGGAUUACAAAUGGGCUUUGCCGGAACAAAUGGCACAGGCUGGAUUUUACCAUCAGCCAAAUGCGUCCGGUGAUGACAGGGUAAUGUGCUUCACUUGUACGGUAUGUUUGGUUAGUUGGGAACGUACCGACGAGCCUUGGAGCGAGCAUGAGAGGCAUUCUCCAACUUGCCCCUUUGUGGUCGGGGAGUACACACAAAAUGUACCCAUUUCUGUUACAAACGCAACGGGUCCCGCGAUAGAUUGCACUUUCGUAGGGUCAAACAUCAACAUUUUGGGUACCAGCAGCGUUCCUAAAUUGUUCCCUACUUGCACCUCGGGGGGCCUUAUAGCCGUGUUCGAUAUUUCGGGGAAAAUUAAACGGACGCACGCGUUUGUUGUCACUCAUUUCGAUUCUCAUAUACUGGAACGUUUCACUCAAGACUUUGGAGUGCCGGGCAUUUGGAAUGAGGAAGCAAAAAGUUCCAUAGAGAAAAACGUUACCGCCUUAUCAAUAGUCGGGGAUAAAGGCGGCGACGGGAAAGAUUCUACCCGUUCCCCUGUGAGGUCCACCAUAAUUUGUGGACUGAGCAUAACUUCCCAUUUGAACAACCGUAACGAGGAUUUCGCGUCUACCGUGACCAAAACCUGGGUGGAUCCUUCCGAGGAUCGGAGGACGUGUUUAUACUUGGUGGUUUACGAUUUUCUGUACAAGAAGGAAGAGGAGGAGUCGGUCGCGGUGAACAGCGCCAAGGAUAAUAAGGAAAACGAUUUGCUCGAUUUCGAUCACAAGAUGCAGUUUUCGUGGGUCAGCGAUCCGCCCGUCAUGGAUGGUUUGAACUCGACCGAGUUGCACACCAACGACGGUUACUCACUGAUAAAAGAGCUGACUUCGUUUUAUAAAACUUUGAUCCCAGGAGAAAGUGACGAAGUAUUCCUGCCGCCUUCCGAAAGUAUCAGCGUCAAAAAAAAUCACACGGGUCCGCGGGUGCUUUCGGUGGUGGACGUCGAGAACACCGAAGCGGACUCCUCGACCAGCGACGUCCUAAACGGCUUGACCAACGGUCCGUUGACCCCGCCGGAAAACUUGGAGCCGAGUAUAUCCGAUCACAUCGUCGAUUUGAAGAACAACCAAUCGGCAAUACUGAAACUGAAUUACGUCCGCGCGGUACAGUGCAUACUGUUACCGGAACGCUGCAGGAACCGUAAAAAUUUGGAAAUAUCGAACAUUUUCCGUACCCAAGACGGCGGUCACCUAUUCGUGACGGUGUCGAGUAAAAAUUCCGAGUGUAGUUUUCUGUUAGUGUACGAGUUAGAUUUUACCGGUAAGAUGGUUAAGGUUAAGGAGGAAGCUGUGACCGUUAGGGAGUUGAGUGGUGGCGAACAACCGAUUGAGGUCGACCUGUUGCCUGUUGCGGACAAACUGGGUUCGAGUGUGACCGCGAAACCAGGCGUCGGGAUCAGGGGACACGCCGUCUCGGUAUGUGCAGACGGGGCUGUGAGAAUUGUCGACUUGGCAACGCUGCAGACGGCGUGCGUCGCGAAAAUCGACGCGAAGAAAUUCGUCUCCGCGACUUAUUGCAAUAGUUUAGACAGGCUGUGUGCCUCUACCAAAGAGGGUUCUCUGCAUUUCUUCGCAUUGAACGAUACCGAUAACGAAUCGGUGGACGAGCACGAGGAAGACGAACUUUUCGGGCUUAAUAUUGACAGUUCGUUGCGGGAGUUGAGCUCGCUAGACAAAAACGAAGUAGUGCGCUGCUUUAAAGAACCACCCAACGUUAUAUCUGUAGAAGAAUUAAGAAGUUUCCAGGGAUUAUGUCAGUUCACGCCAAUCAGGGGUCCGUACAACGUGACGGUGCCGCUAUGCUGGAGCGAAUUCCAGCAAGCGAUGAGGCAGAGAAAAAGUCCGUCGGCAUUAAACAGCGAAGCUUGGACGAAAACGUGGCGACUGCAGACCGAUACGACUACGUGGGAGGAGCAUGUCUUCGAGAUAACGCUCCCUUCGUACAUGGUUCUGGGUCACGUGGACGUUCACUUCACCCUCCAAAAUUCGACUUCGUUGCCGCACGUCGAGGUGACGCUCCUGCGUCAAACUAAAAGCGGCAUCGGACACAACAGGGACGUGAGAUUCGCGGUCGACGAUACCGUUACAAUAGACAUGCUUCAAUGGGUGGAUAAUCCGGUGGUGUCGGAAGAGUAUUUGAGGGCCCAGAAUGCCGACAUCCUGGCGGGGCCGGUUAACCUCUCGUCCCAUCUGGAUUUGACCGACCAAAGCGGCAUUGUCACACUGACCAGCCCUCGAAUGUUUAAGCUUAAGGUUAGAAAUCUGCUCCUUCACAUAAGGGCGGUCUACGCGAAAGACGAAAACAAAUUGGGCAAGCUGAAAAAGCAGGAGGGCAAAGUAACCAUCAGCGUGGACAAGUUGGGUAUGGCGUCGCAGAAAAGCGACUUCUACAUGGGCUGCGACUGUAUACACGAAUUAAGUUUGGCCGUGUAUAAUCCGAUGUCGUUCGUAACGACGCCACACGAAAAGACAUUGAGGAACCUGAUGCUCGAGUCGAACAUUUUCGUCCAAUCUCUAAUCAUGACGGCGGUCAAUACCAACAAUAGGGAAACUUUGGGCUUGGUGCUGGAUAUUUUGAAUUGGCUGGCGGCAAUCAGGCUGACACGGAACAGGGCCAAUAGCGGCGAAGCUCCUAACCACCAGCUGGAGUUUAUGUUUAUCAACGGUAUCGAGGACAACAUGACCGGUUUGUUGAAGAGAUGCCUGUUGCUGAGCGGGAGGAGCAUAGCGCACAAGUGCAUGAAUUAUAUCAUUACCUGUUGUCGGGGCGCUAAGAACAUUAGCAAAUCCAUCGGCGAACACUUCAGCGCGACCGUUUUAAACUCAUUGCUCAUCAUUUUGGAUUCGCUAAACGAAGCCGUCUCGCCGGCAGGCCUGCACUGGAUCUUCUCGCUUCUCCUCAAGGUGUCCACCAAGGAAAACGAACAUCUCGUUUCGAAUAAAUGCCUCGAAUUGCUCAAACGAGUAUCGGACAACCUAACGGAUCGUUUCAAUCCAUACCAUUUGCUUCUCAGAAGUAGAUACGGUUUGUACGGUCUUCCCAUGGAGCCUGAACUAUUCGACGUGGACCCUCCUUCGUACGCGAAGGGCUCCAGUAACUUGCCGUAUUUCUUUUCGUCGACAACCGCGGCGGCAACCACUAACGAGUCGACCGUCGUGACGGAAAGCCCCGCCCCAAACGCGGUCGCCAAAGACGGGAUCAAUCCGCGCGACGUCCUGUCCAAUACCGAUAGCAGGCUGAAAUACAAAAACCUGGCGUUUCCGAAAUUGGUGAAGGGCCUAAUCGAAACCGAACCCCUCCAUUUCACUUGCGUAAACACCAGCGAGGGUACCAGGCUCGAAGUGGCGGACGCCGGGAACAACGUACAGACGACGAUCAACAACAUAUUGCCGAUAGUGAUGUCGGCCGCGCAGCCCGGUCAGAAGAAAAAGGAGGACUGGGCGUCCGAUUUUCAGCAUUUCAUUCAAAAGUACGUCGAGAAGAAUCAAAAUUUAUCGGUGCCGUUGCACAAUAUCAUAGACCAGGAUCAGUUUUUAUCGACCGCGCCCACUCCGGGUGCCGGUCCCAGCAAGUGGAUCAUGUUCGAAAUGACCGACGAGGAAUUGGAACAAAAACUGGAAAACGUUUACAAGGGACUCGUUGAGACGUACGGGUCGUCGGUGGCACCGAAAAGCGCGCCCCAACAGGUGUCGGUGCCCACCGUCCAACAUCUGCCCCCUAGCGAGGCGAUCGAUAAUCUGCCGUGGCAGCAGCUGCUCGUGCCGCCUCCGAAACAAAUUAUAGUGGUCGAGCGUAUGCAUUCGGGAGCCAGGCGCCACGUCACUUUGGAUUUCGGCGAAUCUGUGGUACUGACCGACAUUUUAAUACCGUCCUGUUCGGACCUAGUGACCCUCAGCAUAGACGUGUGGCUCUUCGGCGAAGAGAUCGACGCAGUGCGUUUGGUCACCGCCUCCGAUAUAGGGACAAAGAAUUUGCUGCUCAGCGAUUUGCAACCGCCACCCCUUUUCAAGUUUAUGAAGAUAACCCUCGUCGGGAGGUACGGCAUGUCGACUACAAGAUGUCGCAUCCCCUUGGGCUACUUCUACGGGCACGUGGUCGUCCUGCCCGAGGAAGUUCCGCACGACGUCUUCGUCGAACUGGCGGACGUCGAAAAACAGGUGGCCAUUUUGUCUAAGCUCCUCGAAGACAUCAGUUGCCGGUACAGUUUGGCGUGUUCGAAGUUGAAAAAUCUGCUGCAACCGUUUCUGGUCGCUGACAUCAAGAACGCGAUGCACUUGUCCGCCUACAUGAACAUAUUGAAAGACAAGAGUUUGAACGUGACGAACGCGGAACACAGUCAAAUUUUUAGCGUUUAUCAGGAAACACUGACGUAUCAGCAUCAGUUGAACACCAUAAGACACGUGAUGACCAGAUUGGAGGGCAGCGUUUUGCCAUCCGGCAACGCCGUAUCCAAUUACGUGGCUUCCGAUAAGCUCGUGACCGUCGCCGAAGGUUUAUUGGAAGUGCUCCUUUCCGUCGACACCCUGCCCGUCGUCGACUCCGCCUUGUGCCAGCAGCUAUUCGAGGGCCUCUGCGUGUCCCAAUCGCCGCGUUUGCAGGUGCUGUCCGCUCUGUUUUUGGAGAAAUCCUGCGGCUCGAGCGUUUUCUGGGGCAAUUUCCUAUCCGACACCUUGGUCCGGAUGUUUUCCACAUCCUACACGUCCGUCUUCCCCCAAGAUCGUUUGUUUAUUCUGCUCGCGUACUUGAGCAGGAAGAGUAACGAAAGGAGCGCGAUCAUCGAUUCCGCCAUGCGGGUCGUCUACGACACCCUGAAACCUCUCGAGUCGAGGAAAUCGUUGCUGCUAGCGGUCAGCAUCGAUUUGCCGUUGCUGUCGUGGUUGCUCAUGUACCUCUCCUUGCAACUGUCCGUGAAAAAUGCGAGCGGCAAACCGGACAGGUGGGAUUGGGUAAUGAUCGAGAUGGUCGGCAAGGGUAACGCCGACAGUAACAAGAAUAACUCGAAGAAGAAGAAUUGCAAAAGGAUGGCGUCGACGUUCGGCGGCUCGUUUGGCCUGUCGUCGCCAGCGAUACCCGUUUGCUACGACGUUUAUGGUGAGCCGCCAAAGUUGUUCGCCCCGGGGAACAAGCAUUAUUGGAAAACGGAAAAAUUUAACAAAUUUAAAUUUUCCAAGAAAGCCCCGGACUCGCCGAAACCGGAGGAAAACAAAGAGAUCGUCAACAAAGACGUUAUAGUACCGCAGAAAAUGCCCCAGUAUAUCGAUUCCACGCACUGCUUGGCGCUCUCAAAGUUGCUACUCAAAUUUAUUAUAAACAUGGAUCAUUCGGGCAGUGCCGACAUGAUGUUGCUGUCGUUUAAGAUUGUCUCUAGGUUGGUGACGAUGGCGAGGCUGCAGUUGUGCCAACUCCUCAAAGAGACCGAGUUGCUGGAAUUGAUGAAGUUCUCGUUGUCCUGUAAGGUGGCGUGGGCCCCGUUCGCUCUCAUUUGUUUUUUGCAAGACGUGCUGGAAUUGGCGGGCACUUCGCAAACCGACGUCACCAAAAUGGACACCGAUGCGUCGACGUCCGCCUCUUGGGUGCCAAGCGACGCGUCCGGCACGAACGAAACCGACAUUACCGACAACUUCUGCGCCAUCUCUACGCCGAAGCCGAAAAUCAUCACCAAUCCCAACACCUUUCCCCCGUUGCCGUCGGUCUUCGAAUCGGACGAUUCGGAUUUCGAGGAACUGCUCGAGGAUUUUGAAAAAGUGCGCUGCACCGUUUCCAAAGCGAACAAAGCGACGGUCGUCACGACGUCCAACGUCUCGACCACGAUAGACGCGAGACUAGAAACGGGCGUCUACGCGUCAUCCGAAACGUACCUCUGCAAAUUAGUGGCGAGAAAUACGCAAAAAUUACUGCAUAACAUAUCGAACGAGGCGAAAACGACGGACCAGGAAAACGAGCUGGUUCCGUGGCCAAACGCGGUCGGUCCGUUUCAACCAGAAUCCACCUUCAACAAUCACAAAAUGUUGGCUUUCUGUUUCGACGACUUAUUCAAGAACCUCCAGAACGAGGACCCGCUGAAGAUCGAGAACAUCCUGCACCUUUGGCUGACCUUGAAUUGCGUCAGGAAGGACGAGAAAUUCGAUUCGUCGUCGAUGCCCCAGAUGCCGCUGCAGCCGGGUUCCGUUAAGUGUCUGAUAUCCGCUUUGGCGAGGACGCCCGGUUUGUCGCUGACCACGUGGUGUCUGGGUUUGCAAACGCUGACCCUCGUCUGCAAUACGAACAAUAACGGAAAGUGCUUCGAUCUGUCGGGCAUGGCGAACACCAUCGUCAGUCACCCGGACUUUGUACAGAUGUUCCUCAGUCUGUUGUCGGGUACCGGGCUCACUUUUACCGAAAAGGCGGUGGCGGGGCCCACGUUAUGUCGCGCCCUCCACGACUUCUUAGUCCGACUCCAGGUGCGGUGCGACAUGUUGGCUAUUGUAAGUCCGUCGAAUAAGCUGGGCAAUUUGCUGAAAAGUCUACUCUUGAACGUGGUAUACGAAAUGACACGACCAGGCGGUCCAGUGUCCGCGAAAAUGGGCCCCCUGGACGCCCAAUGCAAACUGCUCCAGUUGAUUUAUCGCAUAUCGAAUAUCGACGUCAGUAUCGGAAUGUCGACUCUGGAAAAUACCGCCUCGUUGCUCAAGAACUACUUCAUAAGCAUCGACAACGUGAAAUGCGUGACGGUGGGCGAGAAAAGCAACACCGUUUCGAAUACGUUCGGAGAUAUUUUCGCUAGUGUAUUGGGCACCGAUUCCAAUAAGCAGGACAGACCCGUAUCGUACGAAGAUCUUUUGAUAAGUCUCCUCAAAUUGCUGGGGAAACUCGUCCAGACCCCCAUCACUGUAGACAACCCUGACGCGAUGGACACUGACGCGUCGGUUACUUCCCAAACGGACGAGAGCAAAGCGGAGCAAAUUCAGCAGGACAGCGUCUCCGCGCAGGCGACUCCUUGUUUCGCGGACACCGUCCUCCAGCAUCAUCCGACCGUUAUAUGUUUGUGCAGGUGCCUCGCGCUAUGCAAGUCCUCCUCCCUUUGCAUGUUGGCAACCGUGUCCCAAAAGGCCAGCCUGGCGAAUCUGAGCGAGCCGAACACGGUAGGGGACGCCGUGUUUCACAUUCUAACCCUGCUGGCGAAGAGAGCGUCGAGAAAAAUGUUACUGAUGCCGCCGCUGCUGCAGUUCUUGUCGCAGUCGCCCCAGUUGAGCGAGCCACUGAUUUGGUUCAUACUGCAGGUUUUAGAUAGCGACGACGCCAUACGAUGCUUUUCCGAUAGCGGUGGUAUCUCGGUGUUGGCGAGCAGCAUCAUAAGGAGCAGCAACGCUCCCAGUACUCUGUCGAGAAACGGCACCAUAUCGACCGUUAUGCAACAUUUUAACGGCUUUAACAGUCAGUCGGACAAUGCCACGCCCAUCGGUCCCGCGUCCGCCAACAAGCUGUAUCAGGCGUCCAUGGAGAACAGCUCGCUGAUCAAUUUCGCCCCCUAUUGUACCAUCACCUGUCAGUCGGUAACGUCCCAGCCGGCGGACGUUUUGAUUCAGGGACUAUCAGGCGUGACUCAUCGUCGGGCCCGCACCCCGCUAUGGUCGUACAACUACUACCAAGAAGAAACUCAUACCGAGCUGCUCCUGCAGCUGCCGAGCGCGGUCCUGCUGAAGGAAGUCCAUCUCCAGCCUCACGCCGGAGGUCUGGCCACUUGUCCGUCGUACGUAGCCAUCGAGACGUCGGCGAACGGGCCUUCGCGUCUGGUCCCUGCCGGUCACCCCUUACCCACCAGCGGUCUGACAUAUAUCCGACUGCAUCUGCCCCAGCCCAAAGUGGUCAACUGUAUCCUCAUACGUCUGUACAAGCCUCGCGUGGGCAACAGUAUCGGUCUCUUGCAAAUCCGUUUGCUCGGCACUUACGCUUUCGGCAGAAACGUCAACCACAGCGUGGACCUCGACGACGAGUCGCACUGCAGCCACAGUCUGGGGUGGUUACGGCUGCUGCACCACUGUUUCACGCUAGACACGGACGAAGAAUUGAGACGUCAAGUGAUCGAAUGCUCAUCGAACACCCCCGGUCUGCUGAGUACAUGUUGCGGGUUGCUUUUGGUGCCUUCGCACAUACUGCCCGUUUAUUUGCCGUGUUUGGAGAAGGUCCUUAGGGAAUUGGCGCUGUUCAGUCCCGAGAACGGGAUCGAGACCAUCAAAAUUUUGUUGGAUAACCGCCUGAGCAUGGUGGAACCGAUGAUGUCGCUGAACAGCGUGUGGCAGGACAAGCUGAUGAUUAACGUAUCUGGAUAUCAGUCGGCUUGCGAUUUACUUUAUCAGAUAUGCGAAUAUCAGGAUGCCAACACGAGAAGCAGAGUCCAAAUGAUCCUGGAUUGGCUCAGGGCAACGGUAAACGAGUGCCUGACGUCCGGCAACACUGGCAAAUGCAACGCCGCUUACCUUUCUUGCAUAGCGUCGAUUUUGUGGUCGAGUCACCAAUCCCGGGUCCCGUACGACCUGAGGUCGCUCAUCACUACCGAUUUCUUCGACGCGAUAUACAAUCUGAAAAUGCGAGCGAGCAACAACAGUCUGAAGUACGCGCUGGACUCGCUCCUCUGCUCGUUUUGUUACAUCCAGUCCGAGUUCUUCCCCCUUUUGCUGCAAAAGAUCGGCGUUCUGGUGCCCAACUUGUCUACCGACCCCGGAGCGUCCAUAAGCGACGACAGGAAAGACGUAAACGGGAUGACGGACGAUCACAAGCAGUGCCACGUGAACUCCGAGUGGUACGGGCAUUUGGUCAUCGGCGAACUGUCGGAAUUGACUUUGACCAAGGACGAGUUGGAGACUGUGGCGCUCGCGAGCCGUUCCCCUAACGCUAUCCAACAACUGUUGGAUUCGGGACUGCCGAAACUCCUCAACAGCGCGAUAUUGGAAUUUUGCCACCCGAACGACCUCAACAAUGUCGUGCCGAUGGCCAAACUGGAAAACGUCACCGCGAUACUGCAGUUCUUUACCGACGUUUGCGACGAAAAAGUGCUCAGAGAUUGGCUCGGCUCGCCGGACGGCUCGUCUUUCUGGCCCCACUUGCUGCACUGGCUCUGCCAGAAGCCGUUCAACAGCGCGAACAUCCACUCGGAGGCGCACGUCAAUCUCGAGGAGAUCUGCGUGAAAUUUUUGGCCAAGUGUUGCCUGUGCCACACCACCAACCAAGCCCGACUGGCCAAGGUGCUGUGCGAGGUGAUCUCGCUGCAGCCGCACGGCAUCACCGGCUUCCUGAGGCGGCUCGUUUUGCAGCUGCUGCUCGAAAACGAGAAAGUGCCGGUGAGCGUCGAGGCGGACGAAACGCUGUACAAGAAUUUCAAAAUGUCCGCGACGAUGUUCACGCCGUCCCAUCCCGCUUUCAAACAAGCCUACAAUCGGACCAUGCUCUACUUGAGCACGAACACGACUCUGGCGGACAUACUCGAGCAGCAUUUGUUCUUCAACAGCGCGUACAAGUCGGAGGCGGAGCCGUAUAAGAAGGUGUCGACGGCGGUGAAGAAGUACCUGAACAACAGCUUCGUGUCGGAUUUCUCAGACUUGAGCGUCGCGGCGGGCGUAACCGCCAAGGAUAAGCGCGCGAAAGACAUGAAGAACCAGGCCACCGCUACGCCGCAGACGAAGAAGAAACGUUACGCGGCCGACCUGAACGACGCUUCGGAAGCUCUCGAAGGCAGGUUGGUGAAAGCGUUGGCGUUUUCCGAACAACCGUUGCCCCUCACACUGAACUUGGGCCAGUUGCUGCGGAUGAUCGAGACCAAGGGUGCCGCCAACGAUUGGCCGUACAUCCAUCUGACGAUAUGUCAAAGCAAAGGUAACGACGACAAAAAUUACAACCAAGAAGCGUUGGAGAUGACCAAUGAACAGCUGCCGGUCUGCAGUGCCUUACAAGUGUUCAGUUCAAUGGGCGGCCUAGCUCUGUUAGCCGAGCAUCUUCCCUCCCUCUACCCCGAAGCGAUACGCAUGCCGACCGUCGAGAAGAACAAUUCGGAACAAUCCGACUCGGACUGGAUCAAAGUUGAAGAGUGCGACGACAUCUACGAGGAUAUAGAGGAAACCAUCGGUGGCGCCAGUUCUCCCAGCAAAUCGUCCGGCGGGAUCUCACACAUUCCUCCCCACUCCUUGACCGCGUUUAGUUUAUUUUUGAGGUUGCCCGGUUACGCGGAGGUGCUCCUCAAAGAUUCCAAGAAGGCCCUUUGCCUGCUCAGACUGAUGCUGGGCGUGACCGACGACGGCGAAGGUGGUGACAUAUUCCAAUCGGCCGUAGCCACGUCGCUUCCAACUUUGCCGUUCGAAAUUCUGCAGAAAUUGUACGACAGUACUCCCCUGUGCUCUGACGACGGCCGACUCCUAAGGGGCAUAAGCGUAACGACAGGCGUGGUGCAGCUUCUUUUGGCUUGUCUCGGUAUUUUGACGCAUCAUUCGAACGGCGGCAGCGACAAGGACGCUUCCAAGUCUUCCAAAAAUAAAGAGGACAGGCAACUGUACUGGGCUAAGGGCACCGGUUUUGGUACCGGUUCAACGCAGCAAAGCUGGAACGUAGAACAGGCGCUCCUGAAGCAACGCAACGAAGAGGAGCACGUGACCGUUUUGCUUCAAGUGCUGGCCAGUUUUAUUAACCCGAACGACGAGGCGAGCGAAGAGUUGAACGGGAACGUAUUGCCCUCCCAAUUUUCCGAAUUUCUCUCCAAUAGUUCGUUGUUGCCGGCGGUUAGUUCGUAUCUGAGAAACGAUUCGGUAUUGGAUAUGGCCAGGCACAUACCGUUGUACAAGGCGGUUUUGAAAAUACUUAGGGCGUUGGCGGUCAGCAGUCAGCUGGUCAACUUGCUGCUGCCCCAAAAGAACAGGUCGGGCGAGCCAUCCGUCAGCAGCCUGCUGAAGAAUAUGAAGACUUGCGUGGACACGUAUGCCAGUAAAUUGAAAGUGCAAAAUCCCAAGACGCAGGGCGCGAAAUCGCCCAAAUCGAAACUGGUGGACCUGAUGGACGAGCUGGAACAGGGAGAGGGGUUGGCGACGCUGAUGCCGGAUAUCCAGAGUACCGCCAAUUUGGUCGCGAAGGUCACUAAUAAUAUUGUCGACGAUAAGGAGGGCGAAAAGGACGGCUCGCUGGAACGGAUGCUCGUUUCGCCCGAGGAACAGUAUUUGCGUGUCAUGAGGAAUCUGCAAUUUGCGUCGUUCGAGAUGAUCGAGGAGUUGCCGGACGGCGGUCUCAAGUUCGCCGUGUCGCACCAUUUCGAGUCGAACGCGAAGGCGACCACCGAACAGUCGCACCCGGCCCGGGUGAAACGCAUCGCCCAAGAGGCGGUCACUCUCUCGACCAGCCUCCCUCUCAGCUACAGCAGUUCCGUGUUCGUCCGUUACGACACUUCGCGUCUCGACGUCAUGAAAGUGUUGAUCACCGGGCCGGCGGACACGCCCUACGCGAACGGCUGCUUCGAAUUGGACGUCUUCUUUCCGCCCGACUAUCCGAUGUCUCCCAUGCUGAUCAACUUGGAAACGACCGGUCACCGUACCGUCCGGUUCAACCCUAACCUGUACAACGACGGCAAAGUGUGUUUAUCGGUGUUGAACACGUGGCACGGACGACCCGAAGAGAAAUGGAACGCGCAAACGUCGAGUUUCCUGCAGGUGCUGGUGUCGAUCCAGAGUCUGAUAUUGGUACCGGAACCGUACUUCAACGAACCGGGAUACGAGAGGACCCGCGGCACACCCGCGGGUACCGCCAACUCGAAGGACUACAAUUUGAACAUAUGCCAGGCGACGGUGAGGUGGGCGAUGCUCGACCAAAUACUGAACCCGUGUCCGUGCUUCAAGGACGUCAUACACGCGCACUUUUACAUGAAACGCGACGAGAUCAUCGCGCAGACGGACAAGUGGAUCCAGGACCUCGAGUCGGAGACCAAGAAGGAGAAGAAGAACACGCGUGGCGCCAAGAAGAAUCGGACCACCAAUUUGGAGAGCUUCAAAAAGGUGUUUAAGCAACUGCAAGAGCAACUUGCGAAACUAAAACCACCUGGCUUGGAUAUACGCGACGAUGAUGAAGAAGAAGAUGAGGAAUCACCUACGACCCCCACGAACAGUAUGGAUGUGGCAGCAGAUCAAGAUCACAACAAAGACAUUGAGACCGAUAAAGAUAUGGUUAUGAAAAUGGUUAACGACAUGUUCAAGUGAUAAAACUGUACAGUAAAUCGAUUUUUAAUUUUGCAUUUAUUUAAACAGGUUUCGUUUUUGAGACGGGCAAAAAGUAAUACGGCCGUUUUUCAAUUUCAAAAGAAAACGCGUAUCGGCCCGAAGGAGGUUUGAAUGUUAAGUUACCAACUUGGUUCUUUCUGUGUCAUAAGUUGAGUGGUAGUUUGGAUGCUCGAUUUUAGAUCACUGUAAAUUAUUCUUAUUUAAAGUUGUUCAUAAAAGAAAAUGUGAUUUGAAAAUAAAAGUUUUUGUUUUAUAGA